AUGCAGCUUUCUAUUGAUGCAUUUCUGCAAUCACAUAGCCGUAGCAAUGGCGAGCCACCCCGGAAAGCGAAGAACGUUGCUUCUUCAUCCUCUACAACUCCCACAGCAACUAAGGCAGAUCUUGGCACUUCCUCACAGAUGAGUACUAGUAAUAUAGUUGCAAGCAACGGCCAGGAGGUAGAAAAGGAUAUUUCUUUUCCUUUUGCAUCUCUGUCUGCGGCCUGGAAGCGGAUAGAGGAUACCACCAAGCGUCUUGAGAAGAGCCGCGAAAUGGUUCAGAUGCUCUUGCAAAUCUACUUAGAAUCUACCAAAGAUAUUGUACCAGCUGUUUUACUUUCUACAAAUCAACUCAGAGAACCAUGGUCCGACCUUCCAUCUGUGUUGAACUUUGCCGAAAUCAGUUUGCGUAAGGUCAUUUCAAAGACCUUUGGAUCUGAUCCCACAACUAUACAGAAGCUCAUAGAGAAGCAUGGCGACAUAGGAGCCGUGGCGGAAAAGGUCAAAAAGUCACAGAGCGCUACAUUUGCUCCUCGGAGGCCCCUUAACGUUUCCGACGUUUACCAAAAGCUUCUACAAAUAGCAGACACGUCCGGAGCCUCUUCGAUGGAUGACAAGUCGACGAUUAUCUCAAACUUACUAUACAACGGGACCACGCUAGAUACUAGAUACAUCUCACGACUUAUCGCUGGGAAGUUCCGGCUUGGAAUUCAGAAAAAGUCCAUUGUGUCCACUCUUGCUGACCUACUGUGCUGCAUAAUUCUAUGCAAAAUUAAAGGAUUUGCAACGAAAGAUCGCAUCAGCGAGGUUUACGACACAUUACUGGGUUACGGAAGGGUUCCUAUCAUCAAGGCAGCUGACACUGCUGUUGAGCUGACUGGGAAGAAGGGCAAAACCGGUGACGAUAACCACAGCAACAAGAGUGGUAGAAAAGAUGAUGAUCUCGAUAUAGACAAUGUCUCUCGUAGCGAUGAUAGUGAUGUCUACGAAUACUCUAGCGAUUCUGUAUCUAUUGGGGCUAUUGGUGACCAGUUUGAGAGUCUCCACGGCGACCUCCUGUCCAUUAAUAGCAAGGAGCUACGCACUCACUGUCACAUAGUCAUCUCCAAGGCGUAUAGCUCGUGCCCAAGCUUCGAGGUUAUCCUCAACCAAAUCAUCGCUCACUGUGGCGAAGGCUCAGAGAGGAACAAGAAUCAGACAAACAUAGAAGGCGUGCUUGCAGCACUCUACUCAAUGACCAUCAAGCCAGGAGUCCCCGUGCUAUCCAUGCUUGCUCGGCCGACCACAAGCUACGGCGAAAUCAUCCAACGUAUCAGUUGUGAGCAGUCCUUCAGUGCCGAAUAUAAAUACGAUGGAUUCAGGGCGCAAGUGCACUACGAUGCACGAGCUUCUACCAACAAAAUUCAGAUCUUUUCACGGUCUCUUGAGAACAUGUCCAAGCGGUUUCCCGAUGUUUCUGAGUCUGUUAUGAAUUCGUUCCAAGAGAGCAAGCUGUUUGCUGGGAUGACAGUUGAAGAAAGAGAGAACGCAAACUUUGUCAUAGACGGAGAGAUCUGCCCCAUAAAUGCCGACACAGGCCUUGUUCUUCCAUUUCAGUAUCUGUCCCGGCGCGAAAAAGACAUCCUCAAGGCACAGAAGGAUGCAAAGCAGGUGAAGGAGGUGAAGACUCGAACAGAAAUUGUGAUGUACGCAUUCGACAUACUUUUUCUCAACUCCAGGGACUACUUAUCAGUUGAUCUUGCAGAUAGGAAAGAGGCUCUUUACUAUGCGUUUGCAGUCUUGCCACGCAGAUUUGAGUUUGCAAGGGCAGUUACUUGCACACAGGACACCAACCUCAAAGAUCUAUUGGAAGAGGCUGUCCAGAACAAAACAGAAGGCCUCAUAGUGAAGAUACUCAGGUCUAGAGACUCGUGGUAUCGGCCAGACGAGAGAUCUCAUGCUUGGCUAAAGCUAAAGAAGGAUUACCUGGAAGACGUUGGCGAUAGCUUUGAUCUGGUGCCUGUUGCCGCGUGGAUGGGAACUGGGAAGCGUACCGGGGUUCUUGGAGCAUAUCUAUUAGCGUCAUUCAACGAGGAGUGCGACCAGUGGGAAACCGUGUGUCAGCUUGGGACAGGUUUUAGUGAUGCUGACUUAGCCGUAUUUCAUGACAGCUUUGUCAAAUGUGGCAUGAAAGAGAAGCCCGCGUCUAUUGAGGCGCGGCUGGAUAAGGAGCCAGAUAUGUGGUUCGAUCCCGAGACGUCGCAGGUCUGGGAGGUGAAGUGUGCCAAUCUCAGCUUGAGUAUGAAGCAUACCCUGUGCUUUAAUCCAGAAACUGGCCAAGGGAUAUCCCUGAGACUUCCUAGGCUCUUAAGGGCACGACCAGAUAAAAGGCCUUGGGACUGCACAAAGGCCAGCGUCAUCUUUGAGGCAUUCAUGUCUCAACCCGAGCGCUCCUAA